UCAGCUAUAAAUAUGUGCCCCCUCUAUGGCUCAUAAUCCAUUGUGCAACAAACUAAGAGCCACUUCUCAAAAAACAAGCUUAGUUCAAGGUUCUGGUUUUACUCUUACUAAAAUGGAAGGUGGAAGCUCUAAUGGUCCUAAAUACGAGUGCUUGCUCUUCGAUAUGGAUGACACUUUAUACCCUUUGAGUUUGGGGAUCAAUAUGGCCUGUCGCAAGAAUAUAGAAGAGUAUAUGCUGCAUCAUAUGCAUAUUGAAGAAAGUGAGGUCCCUAGGCUGUGCUUAGAGCUGUACAAAGAGUACGGGACAACGAUGGCUGGCCUUAAGGUGAUGGGAUACGAGUUUGACAAUGAUGAGUUUCAUGCUUAUGUUCAUGGAAGAUUGCCAUAUGAGUUGCUAAAGCCAGAUCCAGUGCUACGUAACCUCCUGCAUUCCAUGCCCCAACAGAAAAUAAUCUUCACUAAUGCAGACGAAGCACACGUAGCUCAAGUGCUUAGCAGGAUGGGAUUGGAAGAUUGCUUCCAUGGUGUGAUAUGCUUUGAAACUCUGAACCCUCCAUCAGAACCAGUUAAAAUCAAGGAUGGGACUGUUGAAGCUAAAGAUGCACCUGAGAUGAAUAAUGGAACCUCGAGUCGUAAGAAUCAAAUCCUGUGCAAGCCAUCUGUGGAAGCAAUGGAAGCUGCUAUUCGUAUAGCAAACGUUGAUCCAAAGAAAACAAUAUUCUUCGAUGACAGCAUUCGCAACAUUGCUAGUGGCAAAGCAGCAGGGCUCCACACUGUAGUUGUGGGAAGAUCUACUCUAGUUCCGGGUGCAGAUCAUGCUUUGAACAGCAUACACAAUAUAAAAGAAGCCUUACCUGAGAUAUGGGAAGAUGAAGUGGAGCACUUGGAGCAAGUAAUCCAAUCUUCUGCAGUAGAAACUGUGGUCCUAGCAUAGUCAACACUCAUAUGAACAUGCUAUGUGCACCAUAAGAAUCACAAAAAAAUGUGACACCUAUUAAUUAGAGGAGACUACUUACCAGAUAUACUGUAAUGAUGUAUUGCCUAUUAUUAAUCAAUAAAGUUCCAGUAUUAAUAUGAAA